CUCUGCUCUCCUUACCAGCCCCGUAUCCUCCUCUCCACACUCUGCGGGUAACCUCUUGAGGGACCGCUCGGUCGACUACUCUGUCGUCGCCGCCAUCGUCGACGUCGUCCUCAACGCUGUUGGGUUCAGCACCAGCGCGCGUAGUCGUUUCUUGUCGGCACUGCCAGCACCGCCCAUCCGCACUUUGGACCAGCAGCCACAAAAGCCGCGCACUCGUCUCUCUCCUUUCAUGAGGUCCUCCUGAUUGUGGCACUUGGACUACCCUAACGUCAUGCGCACACCCCACCACGAUCUUUGACGGUCCCUGACGAAACAAUCCUCUGCUAUUGGCACAGUCAUACAGCCAUGGCGAGCGCACUGCAGAAAUUCUUUCGGAAGCGCAUCUCGAAGCAGCAGCAGGGCAAGGCGCGCCGGGAGGCCGAUGGCCCUCGGCUCGCAGACGAUCACUCACCCUUUGAUGAUCAUUGGCAAGACGCGAAUGGCGAGCUGGCUGGCCAGUUGCGGCAUUCCUCAGAGACGGACACGAGGUCCUCGCACUCGGCACGGCCGGUGCUCACAGUCAACAGCCUGCGGUCCGCCUUGGACUCGCCUCUGACCUUUGAUCAUCAUGAAGGAGGGCGAACGAGGUCGGCCAGUCUCGGAGCUCACGCUAUGCUUCGCGGCUACUCGAAUGGCUCCCGCUCUUCCUGGCUGGGUACUCCGUCGCACUCACAGCUCGCGGGCUCGUCGAUGCACGUGGACCAGUUUGGGCUCGUCGUGCCCGAGAGCGAGAUGGCAGGGCUUCCAAACAGCUCUUUGGGUCAUGGCACGAGCACAGAAUCCGCCGAAGAGGACGGGCGGGGGGAAUACGACGUCGAAGACAAUCCACUAUACCAACGUCUCACCCAAAGUGCCUCGCUCUCCCGGGCAUGGUCGACCGCUCGGCUCGUGGUCCUGCCAGCGAAGAGGAACACCGAGGAAUUACCCCUGGACCAGGAUUCCUACGUCGGCCUUCAUGCACUCGUACCAUCACAUCUCUUCAAGGAUCAGUACGUCUCAACGUCGUCUGAGCCGCAGGUGUAUGCGCAGCUCGACGACAAAGACGGACUUCCCAAGCCGGCACACCCGCUGGAUGCCCCGGGAGAUAGUGAAAAAGAUACCACGGGCUCGGGAUGGGACAAGUACUCGGUCACUGUUACGCUCAACUCAGAGUCGCAGUCGGUCCACUGGCUCGUCUCUCGUCUGACUGGUUCACAGAAGACGACAGUCUAUGAGCAGUCGCUUCGAGUUUCCAACGAGACAACUGUUUAUCGGACUAUUAGCAACGGCGAAGGCGUCAAGAGGGCGACGAAGAAGGAACGUAUCAAGGUUCGCGUCGUCACUGUGGACGGCGUUGUUGUUCCUCAGCGUAUGUCGGGGCCGAGCGCGAAAGAACACGUUGAGCUCGGCUCCGAAGUGCCUUCAAGCGCAGCUUCGAUUGCUUUUCCAAGCAGGGAGCCAUCGAUGGACCCGUUGAGGUCGCCCACCGUGCCUGAUAUGCGUUCCGACCAGCCUCCGUGCUCGGCAUUCUCGCUGGCUCAGGUACCGAUGGCUCAUCAUUUCUUCGCUGACCUCAGUAAACUUCUCGACCCCUCGUCGCAAUAUGCAGGACCUUUCGCAGAAGCACUUCGAUUUGUGACCCGAGCAACAGCGGAAUUCACGAGCGCCUACGUCUACGUGCCCGGCUUCGAUGCAUACAACGUGUCGCGCAUCCGAAGGGGGAUCCUCGCCAAGGUCUGGGUCGGCCUUGAAGCGGCUUGUCGAGCACAGGAACAGAAGGUCGAAGGCGAAUCCUCUGCUGCUACAACGGCAUUGGUAGCAAAGGGCUCGGAAGGCUCUGAGCGCUUCUUCAGCGCCGAGGACAGAGGUCAACUACUUUUGCUUCUUGAGAACGUCGUCCUGGGCUACUGCCAUGGCAAAAUUUACGGAUCAAUCCGGGCUUCUCAGUGGCAGGCAGACGACGCUCUUGACGGCAUCAUUGCAACCUAUCAUGACUGCGACGUGACGAUGGGAGACCUGCAAGUCCAGCCAGAUAGCAUUAGGGGUCGGCCAGAGCUCUUUGAUCGUGCCGUGAGGCUGCUGGGCUGCCUCGGCGACCCAGAAGAGGACUUCGACUACCUGCUCAGCUUUCCCGACCCCCUUCGCAUCCGAGCUUUUGCUGAAAAGGGCGCACUACCGACGUACGUCGAUGCCUGGACCGAUGCGCCUCCAUCAGCAUACCAGCAGUGUGGCAGGGUCAGGAUGCGCACACCGCUCGACACGCUAGACGUUUUGAAAGCGAUCAUUGAUGAGAUUGGAGCGGUCGUGGAGCGAACGCAGAUACAGAGCAGCAGGACUGGCAUUGCAUCUCUCGACCUGAGGAAGACCAAGUUGGGAACAGACGAUCUACUUCCUCUUCUUUCUUAUGUGGUCGUCCGAGCUGCUCCUCGCCGUCUUCACAGCCUUCUUUAUUAUGUCCGCGCUUUUGGCAUAAGCGAUGCCACUUCUGCAGAACUCAAUUGGGCCCUCGUCAACACGGAGGCUGUCGUCGAGUACCUUCGUAAAGAACCGUUGCAUCUUUGCGCUGGGAGCUCUAUGACCAAGUACAGCUCCUCAAGAUCCGAGUGCGCGUCACCGACCGAGUCUGAUGGCUAUCAGGGAAUACGUCUGUCAUCGCGUGGAAGCGAAAAGGAUCUAAGCAGCCUUCGUGGCAAGCCGUGGGAGCUUGGCAGGCCUUUGAGCGCCGAUCGCCUUGACAGCAACCGCCAGCGUCGUAGUUCGCUCCCUUCAAAUGUUGCGCUAUCUUCAGCGUUGGACACAACAGACAACAAUUUGCUUGUCAGGACCGAUAGCCUACCUCGAUCUCGCACACCAAGCUCGAGUACAAGCCCUGUUCGCAAUUCGGCAGGCUUCAAAGUACCUGGAAGACCAGCGAGCGCUGUCGCUCCCGGACUUGAGGACGUGCGACGGAGGGGUGGUGUCGCUCGAGCUUCUAAAUUGAAUGGCUCUGCUCUGGAUAGAGUUGGGGAAGACUCUCUCUCGACAGAGACCUCGGCGACCUCUUCAACGCUCUUUGCAAGCGGUAGUGCCGAUCGUGGUCCGACCUCGAAGACAAGCGGCGCAUUCAACAUCGUCUUCCGAGAGAGCAAUCUCACCGACAUUUCCGAGCCCUCAAGAACCUAUUGACCCCCAUCAGGAUCCACAACCACGAAUUGUCGGCAGUCGCUCUACGAUUGGACUCGCAGAUAGAGAAGAGAGGGAGACAACGUCGGGAGCGGAGGCCAGAUUGGGCAGGCUUUCGAUCGAUGAACGCCGAAAGAGCAUCGAUUCGUGGAUGUCACUGAAUAUUCUCGGAACACCUAUGCGCUCUACAAACUCGAGUGAGGGUGAAGCAAGAUCCCAGUCCGUUCGAGCAUCAGCCAUUACGAGACGGCCCCAGACGACGCGAUCCCUGACCGGCGUC